UCCGCCCAAAUGUCUAUUGGUGGAUACACUAGGUGGCUGGGUACAGGGUAGGUCCCUUUACCGAGAGUUCACAGGAGGUGGCUAGCUAGUUACUUAGCUAACUAGCUAAUACUUUGCUACAUUUUGACACGAAGACGUUUCUAACCCAUUAGCUGCUAACUACACACAUUUACGAUGGAUAGUAUAAAGGACGGCUGGUUCACAGAGACAUGUACACUGUGGCCUGGACAAGCAAUGAGUCUUCAAGUGGAAGAGGUUCUGUACCAUCAAAAAUCUAAAUUUCAGGAUGUCAUGGUUUUUAAAAGUAAAACCUAUGGGAAUGUUCUCGUUUUGGAUGGCGUUAUCCAGUGUACUGAACGUGAUGAGUUUUCCUACCAAGAAAUGAUUGCCAAUCUCCCUCUGUGCUGCCACCCCUGCCCUAAAAAGGUCUUGAUAAUUGGUGGAGGAGAUGGAGGAGUCUUGAGGGAGGUGGUGAAGCACUCACUGGUGGAGUCAGUGGUCCAGUGUGAGAUUGAUGAGGAUGUCAUUAAUGUGUCUAAGAAGUACCUUCCUGGGAUGGCUAAGGGCUUCUUCAGUCCUAAACUUACUCUGCACGUGGGAGACGGGUUUGAGUUCAUGAAACAGAACCAGGAUGCGUUUGAUGUCAUCAUCACUGAUUCAUCUGACCCUGUUGGGCCGGCUGAGAGCUUGUUUAAGGAGUCGUAUUACCAGCUCAUGAAAACAGCCCUGCGGGAUGGUGGGAUUCUCUGUUGCCAAGGGGAGUGUCAGUGGCUCCAUUUGGAGCUGAUCAAAGAGAUGCGCACCUUCUGCAAGACUCUGUUUCCUGUGGUGGACUACGCCUACUGCACCAUCCCCACCUACCCCAGUGGUCAGAUUGGCUUCAUGCUGUGCAGUAAAAACCCAGUGACAGAUUUCCGGAAACCUUUGAGAGAACUGCCGAGGGACGAGGUGGAGAGUAUGAACCUGAAGUACUACAACCCAGAGAUCCACAGAGCAGCGUUCGUUCUCCCCGAGUUCGCAAGAAAGGUUCUAAGUGAAGCAUAAAUUUCUAUGGAGAAGCUGAUUUAUUCCUCACAGGACCAUGAGCGCUAACAGAACAAACCCCUCACAACAGCUGCAGUACUUGAACCUUUUUGCCAGUCUGUCUCUGCCCUGACCCACCCGCCAAACAGGGGGGGGGGCGGAGCUUCGCUGAAGACCAGCUCUGACAGGGCAGGGAAGACCCGCGGAACUCAGAACGUUUGAGGAAGUAAUAGAUUCCAUUCUUCCUUCCAGUCUUACAUUUUUUUAUUUUUGUACAUAUUUUCUCUUGUCCUUUUGUUGUUGAUCGAAGUCAUCAGCCGCAUACAUUAAGCCGUAAAAAGACAUGGUCGGUCGACCGGUCGCAGAGAGAUGCGUCUGAUUGGUGCAGAGCCGUGGGCCGGUUUGUUACUCCCUCAGUGUGGUACAGGAAGCAUCUCCAGUCGUGAACUUAAUUGUUGCAGAUUACAAUAAAUAAAUGUAGUGUUGCUCGGAAUUUACAGUUAAUUGAGCUCUUAUGAGAAAGAGAAUUGCGCUUAAGUACGUUUCCACUGGCUCUGUGCCUCAAAAAAUCUCCCAUAUUUACCACGCUAAAACCCAUAUUUGCAAGAGAUGAUGAGAUGAUUUUUAUAGCAUAUUUAAGAUCCAAAGGACCGUAGUAAAUCCCUUGGAAUGUUUUUUUUUUUUUUCUUUUUUUUUUUCUUCCCCAUCUGUAAACAAAUUUUAGCACCAUGGGAAAAUAUCUAUGGAAUAUGUGAAUCAGGGACUCACAUGUGACCAAGAGGAAAUCUGUUUUUCAGAAACCAUGGCGCACGCAUACAGUGCAGUCAUCCAAAUCGUGCUGUAACAAAUCGGUGGUUGGUGAUACUCGUGUUGUACAGAGUGAAUCUGCUGAAAUGACGGGUUUAAAGUAAGACCCCUUUUCACUCUGUACAGCUCUGUGAAGUUUGUCAAAGCAAUGUGAACAUACAAAACCCUUUAAACAUACAUUUGGCUAAAUUUCAUGUAAAUUCAGAACAGGUUUUAAGGGAAAUGAUUAUCCAUGCCUGCUUUGUCAAAGAUAACGGUUAUAUAAAUGCAAGACUCCUGGUUUACGUAAUGAAAUCGAGAUCAUUGCCAUUGAUUCACUGGUGUCAAUACCUUAUUUUAUUUGUUAUUCAAUAAUCAAAUUACAUUUGUUUACUAUAAUGAUAAAAUCCUGCAGCCACUGUAUGCCAACUCUGAUCGGUUUAUGAAGGACAGAAAUGUUGCAUCAAGUAAAAGUUCACUCCAAAUAUUUGUGCACUUAUUUUUUUUGUUAAUUUGCAAGGCUUACCUUGCCGUCUUUCCAUAGGGAGUUGAUGUUACAUAAGCUCAGAAUUGGUAUCAUGUUUUAACACCCUGUAAAAUAUGAAUUUGUCAGUCAAUUUCAUUAACUGGAAAUCGGAGGCUUUUUCCUGCGUUAAAAUAAGGGUGCUUAGAGCGGUAUUUGGGGUGGCGCUUCAGUCUUACCUGUGCAUGUAUUGUGGGUAUUCUGGGAGCUGAUGUGUACUUCUUGUAAUCAUAUUUUUCAGUUCAUUGCAUUGUAAAGUCCUGCAACCAUGUUUUCAAAUAAAGAUAUAUGUCCCCUAAUCACUAA